AAAUGUCGGAAGCUUUGGAAACUUUGUCUGUUGCAUGGAAUGUAAUUUCUAAGGCUUUUAGGCCCGCGUUAGACUCUAGAAAUAAUGAUGGGUAUUUACCAUCGUAUGAAGACUUGAAGGCUUCUGUUGAACUUCUUCAUCAGCAUGGUAUAGCUCAUAUUGUAGAAGAAUGGUUUUUCGAGACACUACAGCAAGAUUUAAGAGAAAUAAUUGUUCCAAGGUUUUGGAGUCAUUUUGAUUUUCAAACUGCAGGUGCCGAUGGAGAUCCUGACACAUCUUUUGGUUCAAAAUAUUUUCGCGUUCUUCUUAAUGCAGUAAAAGAGCUUCAUUCAUCAUUCCAGUUAUAUAUUCCAUGUGUUUCCCAACUUCAGUGUUUGCACGAAGAUCUGCAAGCAGAAGAGGAUACUCUUCCAUCUGAAGCACAGACAUUUCUGCAAUGUUCGUAUCUUUCAUUAGCUAGUAGAGUUCAUCUUGUGCUGAAAGCCUUACUUUUAGCAAAGAUUCCUCAACAGUUUAGUAACAAUCUUAUUAAUUUUUACAGUAGAGCUUUUAAAGCUUUCCAAAUCAAACAACCUUUAGAGAAGUAUGAGGAAGAAGAUUUAGAUGACCAGUUAGAAUGUCCAGCUUGUGAAAAUGAUAAUGAAAACUGUUGCUGUGUUGAGGUGUUAAAUACAUUUCAAGAAGUGAACCAACAUUUGAAAGAGUUAAAUCUUUUGGAAGCAGUAGCAGGAGAUGCUGUUACCACUGUAGCAUAUCGGCACAUUCAGGAUUAUGUUCAGAAAACUUGUAAAGGAAACUAUGAAAACUCGUAUAUGCCCCAGUUGGAAAGGUGGCUUGAUGGAGCUUUAUUGAUGUGGAUGCAAUCUGUGUACAGUGAAAGUAAUGCAGAAUAUGUUGUUUUAAUAUGUAAUAUCAAAGAACAAAUGAAUCACUUCCUCUAUGAAACAUACACAACAGUUCGAAUGGAAGAAUUAUUUAGUAUCAUUAUAGAGUUUCCUGAAUCACAAGCAGCUUUGGAAGACUUAAAAGUUUGUUUAGAAAAGACUAAUUUAAGACAAAACCUAAUAACUUCAUUGAAAAAUUCCCUUGAAAGACGACUAUUACACCCAGGGGUUAACACAGCUGAUAUUCUCACAGCGUAUAUUUCUGCAAUUAAGGCUUUAAGGAUACUUGACCCUACAGGUGUUAUUCUUCAACUUGUUUGUGAACCAGUUCGUAAAUAUCUCAGACUUAGGGAAGACACUGUACGAUGCAUUGUCUCUAGCUUAACAGAUGAUGGUUGUGGAGAACUAGCCUCUGAGUUAAUGAAAGGUGCUCCAUUACUGCUUGAUGAUAAUUAUCAAGCUGAUGAAGAAGAUGUAAAUUGGGAAUCUUGGCAACCUGAUCCAAGUGAUGCAGAUCCUACUAAGACUACACAAAGUCACAGAUCUCAUGACAUAAUUAGUAUGCUUGUUAGCAUUUAUGGAAGUAAAGAUCUCUUUGUAAAGGAAUAUUGUGUUCUAUUAGCUGAUCGUCUUCUGUCAACCUUUUGCUAUGACACCGUGAAAGAAAUCCGUUAUCUUGAACUUUUAAAACUCAGAUUUGGAGAAUCACAACUUCAUCAGUGUGAAGUGAUGCUUAAAGAUGUAGCAGAUUCCAAGCGAAUCAAUACUCAUGUGAAUUCAGAAAAAAUGAUAGCUGAUUUCAGAGUAGGAGAGUUUCCAUUGAAUGCUAUGAUACUUUCAGCUCAGUUUUGGCCUACAUUGCGUGAAGAACAUUUACAGUUACCAGAGAUAGUUGAGAAAGCAUUAGAAUCUUAUAAAAAGGCAUUUGAAGCUUUGAAAGGUAACCGAACUCUCUGUUGGAAAGGUCAUUUAGGAUUGGUGAACUUGGAUCUACAGUUGAAAGAUCGAACGCUGAAUUUUUCUGUUUCACCAAUACAUGCCACUAUUAUAUGGCAUUUCCAGGAGAAAGCUCGUUGGAGUCUGGAGGCACUCAGUGCAGUUACUCGAGUGCCUACUUCUGCUCUUCGAAGAAAAAUUGCCUACUGGCAAACCCUUGGCAUUUUACGAGAAGAAGCUACAGAUGUUUUUGUUCUAGAAGAAGAGGAACCACAAAGGCAGUCCCUUGAUGGAUCAGUGUUACCUGAUGAAGAAGAAGAAAAUGGGUCUGUCAUGGCUUCUUCACAAGAUCAGAGGGAGGAAGAACUUCAGGUGUUUUGGUCAUUUAUUGUAGGUAUGCUAACUAAUCUUGGCUCAUUACCAAUAGAGAGGAUUCACAGUAUGUUGCGAAUGUUUGCCAUGCAAGGUUCAGGAACCACUGGGUGUAGUAUUCAUGAACUACGACAAUUUUUAGACAGAAAAGUUCGUGAACAAAAACUUGUAUAUUCAGGUGGUUAUUAUAGACUUCCUAGGGCAUAACUUGUUACAUUUUAAUGUCUAAACAUCAACUAGUGUGAAAGAUUAACUUAAGAUAUGUUAACAUGUUUAUAAUCCAGUAAGUUAAAUUCAUUCCGAGCUAAUCAUUUCUUUCAAAUUUAGUCAUUAUAUAUUAAGCUCCAUGUAGAUAAUUUUUUAAAUAAAUGUUUUGCAGAAUGUUAUAGUUACUUGUAUUUUUUUUUCAUUGUGUCUUAUUAACUGCCCUUUUGUUAAGACACUUUGAAAGAAACCUAUUACCUUGAACUUCUAAAACUCUGGACAAUCACAACUUUUAUGAGAAAGAUAUUGACUUAUUGGAAAGGUUCAGAGGACUACUAGGAAGAUACCAAGAAUGAAAGUGAUAUCUUAUGGGAAUAGGUUAAGACCUCUUUAUUUAAUGUUUUCUUGAGAGAUGAUCUUAUAGAAGUUUACAAGAGUAUCUGAUAGAUCAGUAGGAUAGCAGUCAGAUUUUUUAUGCUGUAUCCUGAAGGCAAGAGGAUGCAAGUUAAGAUUUAACAUAGUUUUAUUUUUUCAACAGAGUGACUCUCCUAAAGGCAUCAUAGCAAGAAAAUUCUAAGCUAAUCUGCCAGAUUGUUGUGAUUUGGUUUUGCCAUUUGCAUCAUAAUUAAACUUUAGAGAUUUUAACCAGAACUCUACAAUGUGUAUUUUUCAUAGUGCAUUUGAAUCUGCCCGGCAUGGCCAGGUGGUUAGGGUACUCGACUUGCAAUCUGAGGGUCGUGGGUUCAAAUCCCCAUCCUGCCAAACAUGCUUGC